CUUUGUAGGGAAAUGGCGAAAACCAAAACAACUGGUGGUGAGCCACUGACGAAGUGUCCAUUUUGUACGUUCAAGACGGGACUUCAUUCUGAGUGGAAGGACCACAUGGCGGAAUGUUAUGAGAAAAGAUACUUUUGUAAAAAAUGCGACUAUUCAACAGACAAGAAAGUGAACUACUUGCGACACCUGAAGAGGAACCACGCAGAGCAGCCUGAUGGGAACCAGAGCAGUGCCCAGCAAACUGGUAGAUGCUCAGACAGUUGUGGGACAAGUUCAUCUAAAGAACCCAAUGAACCAGAAUCAUCGGACGAAGAGGAGUGGUUGUCACAGGAACCUGACAUAGCCAUUGAAGAGGAGCCAGAAAGUACUGAAAGCAAAAACGCCGAUGAAUGUUCAUCUGCUCAACGCCCUCAGGAUCAAGACGAUCGACUGGUAGUGGAUGCAACCACAAGAAAACGAACACAGCCACUGCCUGUUUAUACUCCCAGCAGGACAAAGACCCCAAGGCUUGAGAAUGUGAUAGGUGAUGUUGCAGUUCCAGUUCAGACUGUAGAUAAGGGUGUUCAAACCGACCCUGUGUUGUACACUAAAUCAAUUAAGACGACAACUAUUGUAAAGGAACAUGGUCGCAAGAUUGUGACAGUGAAAAGAGAGAAGAUGUUGUGACUGUAAAUACUCUUUUUCAUGGUGUUGAUUUGUUUGAGCAUGUAGUUGUAGUGUAACUUAGAUCAUGCGGGACGCAUGUUCUUAAGGGGAGGGAAGUGAAACAGACAGUGAAUUAUCUCCCUUUGACUGUAUAAUCAAAAAUAAUUGUAAAUAUUGUAAUUAAUGUGUCUGUUGAUUAAAAAGAGUUAACAAGAAUUAAUAUCAUAAAAGAAUAAAACAAACAAAAAUAGUUAUGCAUAUGUAGAUAGUCAGGUAGACUUUUUAAACCCCCUAAUUAGAUUGUGGUAUGUAGAGUCUUGUAGCCUGUUAAUAUGUGAAUGCUGGAACACAUAUAUAGUGAGCAGCCACUUGGAUCCAGGGUUCGUUCGUUGUCUAAUUGAUAGAAGUAGCCGAUAGUUAUUGACAGUAUCACAUUGGUGCUCUUGUGAGUAAGUGAUUCAUAGCUAUAGUUAAAACGUAUCUCAUUUCCAGUGUUAGAAUCAUUAGCACUGUGGGUUUUUGAUAUGCAACUGGCAUAAUACGGCAAGUGGCUAUAUAUCAA